UUUUAGCGGGAAACAAAAAUUGUUCGCGGGCUUGUCUUAUUUUGUGGAGUGUGGUUAGUACAAAGGAACAAAGUUUUUAUAAAAAAUGCCUGGAACUAGAUCGAGAUCAUGUUUGGAUAUGUCUGUGAGUAAUGUUCAAUCAACAAUAAAUUUCCCACAAAGAAAAACUAGGCAUUCUGUUACAACUAAACGUGUUACUGAGAAAGAAAAUUCAUCUGGCUUGAAGAAAAAGACAACUCAAAGAACAAGAAAGAAAAGAUUUGUGCCCCAAAAUGAUGAAAAUGCAUGCAGUCCAGUCAAGACACCAAGAAAAGAUGUUUUAACUCCCUUAAAAUCUCCUUUAACUGACAGUACAAACAUUCAAAAUCCUGAUACAACGGUGGUUAAAAGAAAGUUGCUUCUCUCGCACAAUGAUACAGGAGCAUGUUAUAAUGACAUUCGUCAAGCAUUGCAUACUUCAAUUCCAUCUGAUCUUAUUUCCCGUGAUCAGGAACUUAGUACUAUUCGUGAGUUUGUGGACAGGACUAUAAAGAAUUCGACGCAAGGUAGCUUGUAUAUGUCCGGUGCCCCUGGAACAGGGAAAACGGCAUGUUUAACAAAAGUGCUAGAAGAUGUAAAUUGUGAAAAGAUCAAGUCCGUGUUUCUGAACUGUAUGUCCCUAAGAUGUUCCCAGAGUAUAUUUAGUAAACUAGCUGAAGUAUUAAAAAACUCGUCUAAACCAGUACCAUCCAAGGAUGCUAUGAAAUACUUAGAAAAGACUUUUACUGCCAGUGGUCCUAGAAUAUUAUUGGUACUUGACGAAAUAGAUCAACUGGAAAGCAAAAAUCAAGAAGUACUUUAUAAACUCUUUGAGAUGCCAUUUUUGCCAAAGUCCAGAUUGGUUUUGAUAGGAAUUGCUAAUGCAUUAGACUUAACUGACAGAAUCCUCCCAAGAUUGCAAGCCAAGGCUACAUGUAAACCUCUUCUUCUGCAGUUUCCACCAUAUUCUAAAGACGAUAUUGCAUCAAUAUUGCAAGAACGUUUAAAAGAAAUUAAUUCGAACGUCGUGGACAAUACUGCGAUUCAAUUUUGUGCAAGAAAAGUGUCUGCAAUGAGCGGAGACGCUCGCAAGGCAUUGGAUAUUUUGAGGAGAGCUGUUGAAAUCGUUGAGUCAGAUACCCGCAAGGAAAAAACAGUUGACGCAAAUCCAAAAAAAGUAACCAUUUCUCACGUUUCAUCUGUUUGUACUGAAGUAUAUGGUGCCCGUAUGUCAAUGUCAACAAAUAAAAUGACCAUCCCGCUACAACAGAAGAUAUUUAUUUGUACGCUAAUGGUAUGCUUGAAAGACAAGAAGCUGAAAGAAGUUACUAUUCCUAAGCUGUAUGAAGCAUACUGUCGUGUAUGUCGGCCCCGACAAAUAAACAUUGUGAAUCAAGAAGAGUUUGGUGGACUUUGUACUUUGCUGGAGUCUCAAGGUAUCAUUGCUGUGAAAACAUCAAAGGACGCACGCAAUAACAAGGUUUCACUGCGUCUGCAAGAAAAUGAAGUCGAACAUGCUUUGCAAGACAAAACAUUGAUGUCAUCCAUACUGUCUGAUGGUGUACCGAGUUGAACCAGUAUGUCUGUCUGGUGUACCGAAUUGAGCCUGCAUAUGUCUGGUCUACCGAGUUAAACCAGGAUGUCUGUCUGGUGUACCGAGUUGAACCAGAAAUUGUGGUUUGCUAAGAGACUUAAUUUAGAAGCGGAAUCUUUAUGUGAGUCCGUUUUGAAUGCUGCUUUAAAACGUUCGAAUUUGUCGCGGUGUUUUUAUUCUUUCGUAUGUUUUAAACAUUUUAAUUUAUAAAUGUACAUACAGUAAUUGUAAUUUUUUCAAUAAUAAAUAUUUUUAAUAAAUACAUAGUUUCGAAAAUAA